CUACGAAACUGCACUGACCAACAGCUGGCCGCAGAGUCAAAUUCUCUCUUCAGAGGUUUGCUUGCAAAACCUAGCUUCUCUUCGCCGAGUCAUUAGUUGCCGGCGCGGAUACAGAGAUGGCUGCUUCAUCAGAAACAUGUCGCUCAAAUGUUGCCAUGUUAUCUACAAACUACAAACAAAAUAUUGGUCCAAUUACCAUAAACCUCUUUUAUGAUUGGCUUGUCAAGUUGACAUGGAAAGCUUGGUGCUAGCGCCCACAUGUUUAAGCCUGAAUUUAUAUAUAGAAGCGGCAUGAGCAUUUAAAGAUUGGACUUUGGUAUAUAAGAAAAGAAUUCUAUCUGUUCCUAUGGUCAGUUGCUCAUUCUUCUAUAUGAUCAGCAGCCAAUAAAAACUGGCUGAUUGACUCCUACCUUGGCCCCAUUCAUCAUGCACUGACUAGUGAUCUAUACCACUCUGCAUUGUUGCUUGGUUGGGCGUGAUGUGGUACAAAAAUGCAAGUACUUGACUUCGUUAUGCAAUAAAGCGUGCCAGAUCCCAGGAAAUCAUAUUUUUCUUAAUGAUUUUCAGCAGUACAAGCACCCUUAAAAGUAGCAAAUUAGUCUCUGGUAUGCACUUAUUUGGAUGAAGUACGUCAACUCGAGCAACUUAAGCAUGUUAUGUUAAAGUAUUGUUGCAGGAGAUAGGACUAAUUAUCAACCCUCUGGCAUAGAUUAUAGUCUGGUCAAAUGUGAAGAAUGAAGUUAUUGCAGAAACAGUAUCCUCACUGGAGACAUUGACUGUCAUAUGUACUUUUGAACUCAACUGCAAGUAAAGUGAGGUUAUUGUUUCAUGAAAAGGAUAAAUAUUGCUAGUACUCACUAGCCAAAGCUCUCCAUGGGUGAAAGAAGAAAACGCAAGUCACUGUGGGAUCUUGAAGAAGAGACCAGGCAUUUGUCUGGAGGUAGUGGACAUAAUUCUUGGAUGGAGAAGGAUCGCCAUUCUAGUCAUGAUGGUGGGCGCUAUCAAGAGUUUUCUGAUUCUAGAAUCCCUAUUGCACGGAAAUCAAGGGAUCGUUCUGGAUAUCCAUCUUGGGAAUCAAUUGAAGAAGAUGAUAUUUCACUGAUGAAUGGCAGCUUCAAAAACACUCAUGAUGAAAAGGAAAUAGGUUCAGGGAAUAGAUAUUACAGGGACAUGCCUCCAGAUUAUGAUGACAGGGACAUGCAUGGUUAUAUCCAUUCUCACGACUAUGAUCAAACCCAUUUACAAAGGUACUCGGGAAGGGGCAGAAGUAGGAGUCGCAGUAGAAGCAAGACUAGGGGCAGGAGUCCAACCAAGAGUUACAGCAGAGGCGGUGGUCGAGAAAGGGGAAGGGGUUUUAGUAGGAGCAGGAGUAGAAGUUAUGACGAUGCAAGGGGUUACUCAAGAAGUCGUAGUCCCAUGGGAAAUUAUAGGCGCCAGGCUUAUGGGUGGAGUGACAAAAGAGAUAGCUCAGAAAAACCACCUCAGAUUUGUAGAGAAUUUACUUCAGGAGGCUGUAGGAGAGGCAGCCAGUGCAGAUUUUUCCAUCCUGAUGGUACAAGCCGUAGGGAUGGGGACCCAAUAGAACAUGACAGGGCUGAAGAUUGGAGAAGUAGAGAGGAUCUUAGCCGCAUUCCGAAACAUUCUCACAGAAGAGGUUCUGGAAUUGAAUCAUUGAAUGACAUAUCUGAUCCUUAUCAUGGUGAGGACCAGAGAUUGCCAAACAAAAACAGUACUGUUGUUUGCAAGGACUUUGUGAGAGGUAAUUGUCGUUGGGGUGACACGUGCAGAUUUUCUCACCAUUCUGCUUCUGAUGGUAGUUUUGGCCAAGGUACUAGAAAUGCAUCCUUUGACAAAUAUGGUGAACGACCUCUCUGUAAGUUUUUUGCAGCUGGGAAGUGUGACAGAAAGAAUUGCAGAUUUUCUCAUGAGAAUCCAAAUCUGAAUGAUCAAGAAACCCAGCCUGGUGAUAUCACUGCUAAUGCCAGUUCUUCUGAGAUGAGUAAGAGUAAAUGGUGGAAUGGUAAAACUUGGGAUGAUUCAAAGAGAUUCUCUAAUCCUCAGAAGUCCAUUGGAUGGGGUGAUGCUGGUACAAGCUCAGCUGGUACAGGUGAUGCUAAUGGUGAACAGAAUAUACAAGGCCAGAAUUUGGAGAACAAUGAGAAAAUUUUGGGAAAAUCGGAACAUACAAGCAGUCCUGUUAACAAGGAACAACAGCUUCCUCUUACUGAUAAAAGCAGCCAUUAUGUUGGAGGCUCAUACCCAACUGAGUCUGUAUCUAAACAGAAUAAAGCUAACAAUCAAGAAACUCAGAGUCCAUGGUUGCAAAGUCAAGUGGGUGUUACAGAUAUUAGUGGACAUGGUGGAUUGCAGGAAAGCCAGAAUAUCUUUAGUGAACCUCCGAAACAAAAUCUCUAUCCAGCUACUCAAGAGCAGCUUUGCAGAACAACAGAAACCAAGGUAAUGAGUUCAGCUGGUUCCGAUGGUCUUCGAGAUAUGAAAGAAACUAGUUAUCUCAGCAACCAACAGCUUUUCUCCAGACAGAGUUUAGAUCUAAACAGUGGUAGCAUGUUUCAAGGGAAUUCAUCAACCUCUAACCAAAUUGAUGGACUGCAGAAUACUCUUUUUCCUAAUCCAUCAAUUGGAUUCAGCACUGAUUUGAAUGUUGCACCAGAGGCGCAGGUGCACACAGUUGAUCAUUUGAAUAUGCAGACACACAACAAUCAGAAAACUGUUACCUCACAGGAGCUUUUGGAAGCAAACGUCCCACGCAUUUUGACCGAUCUGUUAACCAGCAAGCACUCAGCCCAACUGAUCAACUCUCUAGUUAAUACUGAAAGACAGUUUUCUCCGGUUAAAAAUCCAAUUUCUUUGCCUCAGCCAAAUGCAAGCUUGGAUGUUUCAAGUUCCAGGAGGAUGGUACCUCCUUUCUCUGAUAACUCCGGGUGUGCUAACCUUGGGAACACAAGCAAUGCUCAAGGGUAUCCAGGUGCUGUUUCUCUUGAUCUGCUUAGUUCCAUGGGAAUUGGAAAACACGGUGCUGAGCAAGUAAAUACUGAGUUUGGCAAUCAAUAUUCAGCACAGGCAAUGGUACAGAACAUGGAACUGGAGCACUCACAUCCGAUACCUGUUUUUGAUAUGGAGGUUGAAAAAAGCCCAAUGCCAACACAAGUAGGACUUACAAACUCAGAAUUAGCUGAAGGCAGUAAAGUGAUCGAUGAAGGAAUCAAGGAUGCGCAGGAAGAUAAGCAAGCUGGAUUGCUGGAUGGUCAUACUAAAGUUCAAGAAGGGGGGAGUGGAAAUAAAGAUGACAAAGGUGCACGAUUGUUCAAAAAUUCUCUUGUGGAAUUUGUAAAGGAGAUUCUGAAGCCAAAAUGGAAGGAAGGUAAAAUGAGCAGAGAGGUUCACAAAGAAGUUGUGAAGAAAGUGGUCGAUAAAAUUUCCAGUUCAAUCCAACCAGAGCACGUCCCAAAGACUCACGAUAAAGUUGAUCAGUACUUGUCACAUUCCAAACCUAAAAUUACCAAACUUGUUCAGGCGUAUGUUGAUCGUUGUCAAAAGGCAGAAUCUUGAUCGCGACAUGGAAUCUAUGCAUGCCAGCACCAAAAGUUCAUUUCUUUUCUAAGCAUAAACGCAGGAAGAUUGUGCAUGUGCUUUUUUGACAAGAAUAUUACAUGAAACUAUUGUUGCUGGACUGUAUUUCUCUUUAGAUGACAGCAGAUCAUUACUUUCUUUUACCUUCUUCACUUCCCCAAAGCUGAAGGAGGCGACUCUGUUCUUGACCUCAUUUGCUGUAAUGUACCAUCCUUUCAUUA